GUAAUGAUCUGCUAGACAUCACAUAUUUUCAAAAGCGCUCUGACGUUUUCGGAGACGUCUGUUACCCACCAACUUGAUAGCUAGCUGGGCUUCAAGGCUCACUAGAGCCUGUGAGAACACCGGACUCCCGGCAAAUCGUUUUCAAACCCACCACCGUCUUUUGCUACUCAGGUUAAACAAGAUAUAUAAGUCACUUAGUGUUGUGUAUUUUGGGUUAUAACAGGACCCGUAGCGGUCAUGCCCAGAUGCAUUAUGGGAAAAGAUGCUUUUAGGCUGUUGCUCAGGCUAGCUCCAUGUUAAGUUAUGCCGUUAUAAUAAAUGCCUCAAGUUACGUCGUGGUCCGAGUAUCAUUGUUAUACUAGUAACCCGGAGUGAAGAUAUAACAAAAGUGGCGACGAGGACGUCUGGACCGACGCUGCAGUCCGCUUUGGAGUUUUACACUUUUUUUUCCCUGCUGAUGCCUCGCGCUGACCUGGUGUUAGACGGCACCGGAGGGAGAACGACGCUCCCGGUGUGCGAAGGUGGAUGCCGCUUUUUUUUUUUCUCAGCGAAACGGGGAGGAAUGUACAGCGGACAAGACGACAAAGGCAGACUCCGUAAGUGACGUUAACCAAAACAUAAACGGAUAAAAGAGACGUUACGAAAAGGAACAGUUGUGAGGGGAAGAGUGCCAUUCAACCAGGAGCCGAGUAAUGGCUGGAGUUACUGGCCCUAUCGGUCCCUUCGACGAAAGCACGGAGCAAUGGAGCUCAUAUACGGAGCGUUUUGGAUAUUUCGUUGCGGCUAACGACAUACAGGAUGCUAAACUGGUGCCCAUUUUUUUGAGUGUGAUAGGCCCAAAGACUUUUACCCUGCUAAGGAGCCUGCUACAGCCAGCAAAGCCAGGCAGUAAAAGUUUCACAGAGAUCGUGGACACACUGACCAAACACUUCUCGCCCAAGCCCCUCGUGAUCGCUGAACGGUUCAAGUUUCACAAGCGAAACCAAGAAGAGGGUGAGUCUGUCACAAUGUUCGUUGCAUCGUUACGCAAAUUAGCUGAACACUGUGAGUUUAAAGAUGUUUUAAAUGACACAUUAAGAGACAGACUCGUGUGUGGUUUAAGAAAUGAAGCUGCACAGAAGAAAUUGCUCACGGAAAGUGAUUUGACUCUUGAGAAGGCAAUUAAUAUCAGUGUGACCAUGGAAAUGGCAUCAAAAGAAGCCCAUGCGCUACAUGCUACAGACAGAGUACACAAACUAGACAAUGGUAAAGCAAAUGCACAGGGACCAUGCUUCCGCUGUGGCAAGUUAGGACACCUUGCUAGUGAUUGCUGGUGCAAAGAAAUGGAUUGCAACAACUGUGGAAAAAAAGGUCAUGUAGCACGGGCAUGCAGGAACAAAAGGUGCAAGGAUAAGGGCUCAAAGCCUGGAAAUAAAAGAGGCACUGCAAGAUUCAAAAAAGAAAGACAUGUUCACACAGUUAAGCUUCAUGAGGAUAGAGCAAAUGACUCCUCAGAUGAAGAAGUGUUGUCUGCAAUAAAUACUGUGCGAAUACUGAAGGUGGAUGAAACCUCAGACGGCUUUUGGGUCACGCCCAAACUGGAGGGACAUGUUGUAAAAAUGCAGAUUGACACUGGGUCAAAAGCAUCACUAGUGUCAUAUAAUGUCUAUAGGACAUGUCUGAAGCACCUUCCACUCAAACCCUCCGACACAGUAUUUAAAGGAUAUACUGGACAUCGAGUGCCUAUGAAAGGAAUGGCAGAGGUGACUGUUCAAUACAAUGGCCAAACUGCUAAGCUGCCUGUGUAUGUUACGCAGAAGAACUGCCCUGCUAUAAUGGGACGUGUGUGGCUCAAAACAAUCAGACUCAACUGGCAAGAGGUGAGAAAGCUGUCGCAUGGUUCCUCUCAGCUACAGGCCAUACUGGGAAAACACCAGGAGGUUUUUCGUGAGGAACUGGGCAGCAUGAAAAAAAUUACAGUGAAGCUGCAUCUCAAGCCUGACUCCAAGCCAGUCUUUAUGAAGGCUAGACCUGUGCCGUACGCCAUUCGGCCCAAGGUGGAGUCUAAUUUAGACGCAUUGGUCAAGAAUGGUGUUCUGGAGCCGGUUACGACCAGCGAGUGGGCCACGCCCAUCGUUCCAGUUCCUAAAAAGGACGGCGGAAUCCGGAUCUGCGGAGACUUCAAGGUAUCCGUGAAUCCUGUAUUAACAGCAGAGCAGUAUCCCCUUCCACUGAUUGAUGACUUAUUUGCUGGUCUGAGUGGAGGACAAAAGUUCAGCAAAAUAGAUCUCAACCAAGCUUACCUGCAAAUGCACGUUGAAGAGCAGUCACGUGACAUGUUGACUAUUAACACACAUAAGGGACUUUUCAGAUUUUGCAGGUUGCCUUUUGGCAUCACAUCAGCUCCAGCAUUGUUUCAACGAGCGAUUGAUCAAAUCCUGAGCGGAUUACCUGGUGUGCAAUGCUAUCUGGAUGAUAUCCUGUGUACAGGAGCAGAUGAUGAAGAGCAUCUGCGCAACUUGGAUGCGACCCUUCAGAGGCUGAAGGAAUACGGAUUGAGAGUCCGUAAGGAGAAAUGUGACUUUUUCCAGUCAUCUGUGGAAUAUCUAGGGCACGUGAUUGAUGCAAAUGGACUUCACACUGCACCUUCGAAGAUCACAGCAAUCGUGGAUGCACCCCCACCACGAAAUGUCAGUCAGUUAAAGUCUUUCUUAGGGCUGUUGAACUACUACGGACGGUUCAUACCCAACUUGGCAUCACUCCUGAAACCACUGCACAACCUGCUACGCAAGGAAGAAGCAUGGGAGUGGACAGCAAGCUGCCAAGAGGCCUUUCAAAAGGCAAAGGAUUCACUGACUGCAUCUGAGGUGCUAACCCACUUCAAUCCCAAGUUCCCAAUUCAGCUUGCUUGUGAUGCUUCUCCCUAUGGGGUGGGGGCAGUGAUUUCCCACAUUCUCCCAAAUGGCGAAGAAAGGCCAAUUGCAUUCGCAUCAAGGACAUUAAACACAGCAGAGUCCAACUAUGCUCAGCUGGAACGAGAGGCGCUGAGCAUUGUAUUCGGUGUUCGGAAAUUCCACCAGUACCUGUACGGUAGGAAGUUUACACUGUUUACUGACCAUAGGCCUCUCACAACCAUCCUGGGACCCUAUACAGGGAUUCCAUCUCUUGCUGCUUCACGUCUCCAGAGGUGGGCGUUGAUAUUGUCAGGACAUUCUUAUGACAUCAAGUAUCGCAAAUCGGAGUCUCAUUGCAAUGCAGAUGGGUUGUCCAGGUUACCCCUUCCUGUUAAAAAACCCGUCUCUGACACAGUUGAGAUCCUCUACUUCAGGGAGGUAGAGACAGCACCUGUUUCGGCUGUGCAGGUGAAAAAGGCGUCCAGAAAUGACCCUGUGUUGGCAGCAGUGCUGGACUGGAUCAUUAAGGGUCUGCCUGCAAGUAAGGGUGUAGACCUGAAGGCUUUCCUGGGAAAGCGGGCGGAGCUUUCUGUUCAGGCGGGAUGUUUGCUGUGGGGGAGGAGAGUCAUCAUUCCCAUGUCAUUGCGACCAAAACUGUUGAAGCAACUGCAUGCAGGACAUAGUGGAAUAGUGAGAAUGAAGGAAAUAGCGAGAAGCUAUUUUUGGUGGCCAAAUAUGGACAAACAGAUUGAGGAGAUUGCUAAAAACUGCUCUUCGUGUCAGAUGGUCCGGAACAACCCACCACUUGCUCCUCUCCAUCCCUGGGAGUUCCCACAGGAGCCAUGGCAUCGGGUACACAUUGACUUUGCAGGUCCAUACGAGGACAAAAUGUUUCUUGUAGCUGUUGAUGCACACAGUAAAUGGCCUGAAGUGACCAUCAUGAAAUCAGCCACCACUGAAAAGACCAUAGAAGCUCUAGGAGAAAUGUUCAGUAGGUUUGGAUCUCCUACUCAGAUAGUCUCUGACAAUGGACCUCAACUGGUUUCACAGGAAAUGGAGGCUUUCCUACAGGCUAAUGGAGUGCAGCACAUUACGUCAGCUCCAUACCAUCCUGCAACGAAUGGUCUUGCAGAAAGGUUUGUUCAGACAAUGAAACAUGCACUGAAAACAUCACAAGGCCAAGGAACACUGCAUCAGAGACUGCACAAGUUUCUGCUUAACUACCGGAAUAGUCCACAUGCUACCACAAGGACAUCUCCUGCCAACGCAAUGUUCAAAAGAGAUCUGCGCACUACCUUUGAUCUUUUGAAACCCUCAACUGUGAAGGACACUGUACAAAAACAACAAGAGAAACAAAUCAUGUACAGGGGUCAAAAGGUCAAGGACAGAGUCUUCAGCACCGGCGAGUCAGUGCAGGCCAGGAACUACCGAGGAGUACACAAGUGGGUUCCUGCAACUGUCAUUGCUCAAACUGGUCCAGUUUCAUAUACAGUUCAGGUGGCCGAUGGAGUCUGGAGAAGACACGUGGAUCAGCUACUCCAGUCCGCACCAGUGUCUGCAGAAGGGUCUUGCGGAGAUCUUGAAAAUGCACUCAUCGACUCGUCAGCCCCUUCACACACACAAGUAGAGAACUCCACCACAUCAGGAACAGUGGUUCCACCUGUAAAUGAGACUGUAAGAGAGACUGAGACAUCUUCGGUGUCAGGAACAAAGGCUCCACAAGAGAGCACACAGACUGACGUUACCACAGACCGCCGAUACCCCAAUAGAGAGCGGCGGCCUCCUGUUCGUCUGAGUUAUUAGAUGGCACCUGACCCAAAUGAACGGGGCAGAAUAAUCCCCAUGGGUCAUGGGGGAGGUUGAGGUAGUCCACCCUCACUCCCCAAGAUAGCAAUUAAAAGAGUUGGUGUUGUAACCUUACAGUUAAUAAGAGGUGAAAUGUUUGUGAGGCUAUUACUGUCAUGUGCCAGUGAAGACUGAAGUUUGUGAGUAGAUCACCUGUUUAUUUCGUAGUACAUCCUUUGUAAGAGGGGAGGAGAUGUUGUGUAUUUUGGGUUAUAACAGGACCCGUAGCGGUCAUGCCCAGAUGCAUUAUGGGAAAAUGAUGCUUUUAGGCUGUUGCUCGGGCUAGCUCCAUGUUAA